AUGAACGCCACCGACAUUGGCCGAUACGGGACGCUCUCUCUGCUGCGCCGUCUGCCCGUUGAAUUUAUUGUAACGUCCUACCCCAUCGACGACGAGGAACUCACUAUCGGACGCGACCAGUCUUGCUCUCUCCGCUUGUAUUACCCCGCUGUCUCCGCCUUGCAUGCUAAGAUCACCUUCGUGGACCGCAAGGCGUUUCUUGUAGUUCUCGGUACGAACGGACUUCUGCUGGACGAUGACCCUCUAUUCCCCGCCGCAGCGAACGCGCCCGGACCCACGACCGUGCCGUUGCAGAACAACUCUGUCAUCGACAUCCACAAGAAACGUUUCCGCUUUAGCUACCCUCCAAAACACCUUCGCCCUGCUCUUAUUAACACACCCUCGCGAGCCACUCCCGCGCGUCGGCCCUUGCGCCUUUCUAUGAUCGCGAGCGCGCACGUCUUUACCCCUGGGCCAAGUCCUAACCCUGAGGAGAACUUACGCGUGCUGCAAACCCCGCUCCGCACGCCGUUUGCGCGCGAGCUCGAGGAGAUUGUGCUCGUACAGAGUGACACGCCUCGCGUCGUGGAAGAGGAUAAGGACCUGGUCAUCCUCGACGAAGUCGAACCGGAGCCGGAGCCCGUCCUCCCCCUUCCUCUCCCCUCCGCUCAACAAGUCCUUCAAACACCUGUUCGGCGGCGACCACGCCCUUCGCUACACCGUGCGGUACUGAUUCGGUCGGCACAGCGCGUGGCUAUUCAGCGCGAGAUGCAGAUGGAGGAAGAGCACGAGGUCGAGGAGGUUGAAGAGACUAUCGCGGCGAUUGCUGAAGGAGAAGAGGACGAUGACGAUGUGCAGGAGAUACCGCCGCCGGACGGACAGAAGCAAGUUACGGGGUGGCGGAAGAGCCUCGACUUGGUCAAGGGCAGCCUUGGCUGGGCUUUCCGAGGGCUCUCUGUAGAGCCGAAGGAGGAAGAGGAAGAGACAGACUUGAAUCAAGCCGAAGACGACGACGAUCAGUACACAGAAGAGUACCACGAAGGGAUGGACGACAUCCAAAGUGACGAGGACGAGGACGAAGGGAACUAUGACGAAGACGUACACGAAGAUGAUGAGUUUGAUGAUGACCACGAUGAACAGCACAACGAGUCAAAUGAGCCUCCGCGCCCUCUUGGUCACUUCAUGACACCGCAGCUCCCCAGGACCAUGUCUGUCAGGGAGGCGCGCAUGUCUCUGGGCGGCCACGGGGCCGACACCGGGCCCCGCCGUGUUCGUGUCGUCGCACCAUGGAAAGUGAGCGAGAUUGAAGUGCCGAACCCCGUGAAAGAGGAAGAAAGCAGUGUCCCCUCAUCCAGCACACUCGCCCCACCGUCCACCCCUCGCUCGCCAACCAAGCGAGAGAAGCUCAGUGAAGAAGAACGCGAGGCUAUCCGCGCACGCCGACGCUCGGCGCUCGCGACCCCCGACAACUUCUUCAAGGGGCAAACGCCCGGCUCGCGCCGCACGCUUUUCCCGUCUCUUGCGCCGCUCCCUUCACCAAGCUUCGCGCAGCCCAACGAGCCUCCGGCUGCAGCGUCGGAGUCUAAGUCGGCUGCUGGCAAUGAAGAGACAUCAUCGUCCUCUGUCAAAGCUGAGGACGACGAGAAGGAGGACACGACCGUGCUCCUCGCACGCAUGCAGCAGAUGGUCGACGGCAUGAAGCAGCGCCAGAGCCUCGGCCGCCAAAGCUUGAACGUCAGCCCGCGCAAGCGCGAGGGCGGGUUCUCGCUCCUCGCGCCCGGCCAUGCUACGGCGCACGCGCCCUCGCGCAUCCUUAUCGAGGAGGACGAAACCGACCUCGAGGCGGAGGAUAUGGAGGGCGAUAGCGCUGCCUCCAACAGCGCUCCUGCGCCGGCUCAACAGACACCUAGGAUGGCGGACCUCCGGCACGUGUUUGGGCGAGCGCACGCCCAGGCGAGUUCCCCUGCCCUCACUGGCAUGCGCGACAUGUUCCGCGUACAACCCGUGGGCCCGACGGAGACCCCGCGGAUGGAGGGUGUCAAGGAGAUGCUGAGCACGCCGACGACGCAGCGUCCUGCUUCCCCUGAACGCCGCUCGUCUCGGGAGGAGCCUCCUGCAGAGGCGCCGCAAUCUGAAGUGCCGGAAGAAGUGGAGGAACCUAUUGAAUCUCUUCCCGCGCGGGGCACACGAGGACGGAAGGCCCCUGGUACGAGCAGGAUCGCACGACGUACGCCCGCUGCGGCCGCACAGUCGGCUCCUGCGAAGAGCACUCGCGCUUCCUCGCAAGUGCCGGAGGAGUCCGUGCCAACGGAGGAUGCCGGCGCUGAGACUGGUCGUGCGGUGCGCCGUACAAGGGCGCGCACCGCUGAUGGCGAGGUUGGGCAGAUUCCUCGAGCAACCCGAGGCAAGGCUGCGGAGAAGAAGCCUGCUACGCCCGAGCCUCAGGAGGAUGAGGAGGACAGGGAUCAGCCACCUACUACCGCAGCGCGCGCGACGCGCCGUGGCCGCCAGACGACCGACUCAUCUACGUCGUCGCACACCGACGACACCGCCGACGUCAAGCCCGCCCGUAAGACGCGCGCGAAGACGCCUACUACCACCACAAAGGCCGGCCCCGCCCGCCGUGGCACACGCGCGAAACCCAUUGAGGUCCCCGAGGAGGACAACGAGGACGACCCACUGGACUCGCUGCCGCGCGCUGGCACGCCUGCGGAGGAGGAGCCGUCAGCACCCGCUGCUGCCCGUGUACGUCGUGGGACACGCAGCAAGAUUCCGGUGGGCGCGGUAAAACAGGAGGACGUCGAGCCGUCUUUGCCCUCCGAGGGACAAGAUGCGGGGCCUGCAACCGGGGCGCGGGCUACACGCGCACGGCGUACGCCUGUACCACGGCAUGCUACGCCCUCGACUACGGGUACGGCUGGGCGCAGUGGCACGCGGACGCGGGGCGCGGCUGCUGCUGCGACUCCUACUGCAGGCGGGGAGGCUGCUAUUCCCGAAGACAAAGAGAACACCCCAGAGGCUGGUGAGGACGACGAGGAAUCGAAAGCUCCGGCGGCGCGAGUGCGUGCGGCGGGCAAGGGCGCGCGAAAGGCGGCGGCGUCCAGCGUGAAAGAGGUAGAGGAGGAGGCGCAACCGGUGCCGAAGACGCCAAUGCGCCAGCCGUCAUGCGCUGAGAUCAGCCGUCUCCCAAAACUUACGGAGGGCAUUAGGUCGAUUAAUUUCAGACGUACCACUCCAGGCAGCAUCUACCGCGUCGUCCACGCGCACAAACCGCUUCCGCAGAACUUCGCCGUCGACCCCACCCACCCUGCGCUUGGCUACCGCAACCCAGAAUUUCUGCGCGCAUUCCCAUGGCGUUGUUACCCGGGAUUCAAGCUGCGUGCGCUACCACACGGCGUACUCGAAAAGCCCACGACGCCCUUCCCGAGCCCGCCGUAUAAACUCAGCAGGGGCGACGGCGGGGGACGGAGCGUGAACAUGUCGCUGCUCGAUGUCGCCCCGCGGGACGUUGGGGGACAUGUAGUGCGCCAGGACAUACUGCGGAAGAUCAAGACUGUCGUCUCGCUCAUUGUUACGCGCGGUGCCGAUGUGGAGGGACCGAAGGGCAAAGAGAAGGUCGUGUUCAGAGGAGCAGCCGCCCCGGAUGCGUGGAUCAUGCCUAACUGGGUGUACAUCAUCCACCCAUAUGAUCAAGUGUACAACAUGCCCUAUACACGACUCAUCCCCAGCCUCCGCGACGCUCUCGAGAUGAUAGCAGCCACCGGAACGCGACUCGAGAUGCAGUGGGCGAAGAUGAAGCAGGUAGCCGUGAGGGCACCACGUUCCCAGAAGCUGCCCCCUCUGCGCUCCGAAAGGCUCCCCCCGCCACGCUCCGAGAGGCUCCCUCCACCGGGCUCUGACAGGCUCCCUCCGCCGCACAUUGAGAAGCUUCCCCAGCUACGCUCUGAGAGGGACCCUCUGCCACGCUCCCCGCUACGCUCCGAGAAACCUCCCUUACCACGUCCGCCCAAACCUCCUCCGUCCAAACCUCCCCCGGAGCCUACGAAGAAGGAGAAGGCGGUCCAGCUAUCGUUUACGCAGGCCCUCCAGCGACUCUCGCGCCCCGUUUCUGCGUCCUCGCAAUCGCAACAGGAUGAGAGCUCCGAGGGACCGUCUAAUCCGCCAGGCCCGCAGAAACCAAGCACUUUGGGCAGCAUUUUGGACCGGCACUUGAAGAGCGGCCUCACGGAUUCUCCGUGGGGGAGCCCUCUCGAAGGGCCGUAUAUUGCUGUCCGGGAGCCUGACUCCAAUCCGCCGGACGCCAUGCCCCGUCGAGGCGGAUCGAAGGAACCAUAGGUCGACGUGCGAACUAUCCGCUAUGCGUUCGACGCAUUCUCCUAAACCUCGCCGCCAUUGUGCCCUACAAGGCAUCCAGGUCAACCUGCUUGCUUGCCCUCACAACGGGCUCUGCUACGAGGAGCACAGACGGCCAAAUCGCAUUGCAGUACAUAUAGCAUAUUGCAAUCGGGAGUCGCCGAGAGGGAACUUAGAGGCCCUACCGAGGAGGAGGGAGCAGUACUUAGGAAGGACGAUGUAGCGUCGACACACCGUCUUUGGAACGGUACACUCUAGUCAUGCCUACUAUAUCCUGUCUCAUUUAUGCUCUCGGGAAUGUAUCUCAGAUGCUGUAGGUAACGAGACCAAAGCUCUAUCCCAUA